CUUUGAGAGAUCUGAUAGGGAUAGACAACCAUGCUUGUUUACUCAAGGAAGCGUGAAUCUCCUGCCCACUUCUUCGAGUACAUCGAACCAGGACCCCUGCCCCAAAUGUCAAUACCUGAAUCCUUCAGAAAAAAUAUAAAAAGGGGAAGAAAAAACCAAUCAGCCAUAUUGAAAAGAGGAUCUAAGAAAUGGUUUGUGAGCGUUAGCGAUUGGGUGUUUGGCAAAGGUUGGGAGAAAUUCACGAGAGAAAACGGUGUGAAAGAAUUUGACAUCGUCGUCUUUAAACAUGAAGGAAACAUGGUGUUUGAUACCAUGGUUUUCAACAAUAUUUCUAGAUGCGAAAGGGAAUGUUCAAAUAAUCGAGUUACAGAAUCGUCGAGGAAACGUAAAAUUGACACCAAUGAAUUUACUCAUGAAUUUGUAGCAUCAAAUGAUACAAUUCCUGUUCAACAUCCUUACUUUAUUGGCACAUUGAGGUCUACUGAUAGUCUAUAUGAACUGCGCCUUCCAAGCAAUUUCACUAGGUCAAACGGAUUAAUAACCGGAGAGAUGAUUCUUAAAAAUGGUCAAAGCCAAAGGUCGUGGACGGUUGAGGUAAAGAUUCAUGAGGGAAGCUACACUUGCAUAGGGCGAGGAUGGCAUGAAUUUUGUAUCGAAAAUCGGCUAAAAGAAGGAGACCAGUUUAAGCUUGAACUCAUCCAAACUGGGAACAAACCUGUUGCAAUUUUUUAUAAUCUUGGCACCAACCAGACUGAAUCUCAUGGAAUUGUGGGAACUCCUUACUUUGUUGGGACUAUUGGGGAAUAUUCCAACUCACAAUAUCGCAUGUAUAUUCCGAAGAAAUUUGCUCUAGAAAAUGGAUUAACUAACGGAGAAUUGAUCCUAAAACAUGUGGAAAACGAAGGCUCGUGGACAGUUAACUUGAGUAACCAUUUGGGCAUAUUCUACUAUAUUAUUAGCGGAUUGAAGGAAUUUUGUAUUGCCAAUGGCUACGAGAAAGGAGAUCGUAUUAAAUUUAAACUCAUCCAGAGCGGGAAAAAGCCGAUCUUCUCUAUUUCAAAAUGAAGUUGCUUCCAUACAGUCACUCCGGACCGCUUGUUACGCGUUGAAGUUGACUUAAUUUGGUCAAACAAGCAAAUAAACCACAAAGGAGCAUGUUGACACUCAGGCAUGAGGCAUUGAAGAAGAGUGGUUGCUGUAUGCUAUGGAAUUAAUUUAAGAUAUUAGCUAUAACUUUGCCUAGAUGUUUUUAUUUUUCUCUUUUUGUUUAUGGAUUUGGGCCAUUUGACUAU